AUGUAUUGGCUGAAGAUCGUAUUCAAGCGCAAAGGUACUGUUGCCGCUCAGUUGCACAUACAUUCUUUCUUUUUAUUCGUGUUCAUAUCUAUCUAUCUAUCUAUCUAUCUAUCUAUCUUAGCUUAUUUGUAUCUAGAUGCUAUCUAUCUAUCUAUUCACGUCUGUAUUAGCCUAUUUCUAUCUAUCUAUCUAUCUAUCUAUCUAUCUAUCUUAGCUUAUUUGUAUCUAGAUUCUAUCUAUCUAUCUAUAUAUCUAUCUAUCUUAGCUUAUUUAUUCUAUCUAUCUAUCUAUCUAUCUAUCUAUCUAUCUAUCUAUCUAUCUAUCUUAGCUUAUUUGUAUCUAGAUUCUAUCUAUCUAUCUAUCUAUCUAUCUAUCUAUCUAUCUAUCUAUCUAUCUAUCUAUCUUAGCUUAUUUGUAUCUAUCUAUCUAUCUAUCUAUCUAUCUAUCUAUCUAUCUAUCUAUCUUUUCAUGUCUGUCUACGCCUAUUUAUGUCUGUCUGCGCUCUAUCUACCUACCUACCUAUCUAUCUUAGACAUUUAUAUUUUCUCUCUCAUUGUUACUAAAUGCACUCGUAUGAAAGGCCUUAUCAGCCCAUAUAUUUCUGUAUCAAAACCGUGUCUUCUUUGCCGGGGGACCCCAAUUUGUCACUUCUUAUUCUCCCCUUCCCUCAUAAUCCUACCGCGUGAUAACAUGUUUCUGUCCAAAUGCUUUGAAUUAUCUCAACUAAUCUCAUUAUGA